UGCCCACUUCCUGGGGCUUGAGGAUAAAGGGGAUGAGAGGCCUAAGCAGGAGGAAGCUGUGGAGACCAGGCAUGAUGUGGAGCCUGCUGUGUCUGACCCUCCUCUUUGUUGGGUGUACCACUGCUGGAACCCCAGAACCUGUGUCCGAGAAUGUACUGGUGGGCAUCGUGGGGGGUAACAGUGCCCCACAGGGGAAGUGGCCUUGGCAGGUCAGCCUAAGGAUAUACAGCUACUACACGGCCUCCUGGGUGCACAUCUGUGGGGGCUCCAUCAUUCACCCACAGUGGGUGCUGACUGCUGCCCACUGUAUUCACAAGAGAGAUGCUGACCCAUCAUCCUUCCGGAUCCACGCUGGGGAUGUCUACCUGUAUGGGGGCAAGGAGCUGCUGAGAGUGAGCCAGGUCAUUAUGCACCGGGACUUUGUCGAUGCUGGCCUGGGUUCAGACGUGGCUCUGCUCCGACUGGAGAAACCCCUGGACUCCUCUGCCAACACCAAGCCUGUCAAACUGACCUCUGGGUCUCUUGAGACCAACCAGAAUGAUGUGUGCUGGGUGACUGGCUGGGGUACAGUGAGCAUGUACGCGUCACUGCCUCCUCCCUACCGCCUGCAGCAGGUGCAGGUGAAGAUAGUGGACAAUGACCUUUGUGAGAAGCUCUACCAGAAUGCCUCCAGCCACCGCAAUCGUGGUCAGAAAAUCAUCCUACAGGACAUGUUAUGUGCAGGCAGCGAGGGCCGAGACUCCUGCUAUGGUGACUCAGGUGGCCCCCUGGUCUGCAGGGUGGCAGGCUCCUGGAACUUGGUGGGAGUGGUGAGCUGGGGCUACGGCUGUGCCCUGAGAGACAUCCCUGGGGUCUAUGCCCGCGUGCAGUCCUUCCUGCCCUGGAUCACUCGACAGAUACAGAGGUUCUCCUAAGACCAGCUGCUGGCGUCCUGCUGGUCAGUCGACGAUGGCUCAGCUUUCAUCACCAUUCCAGGAUGAGUGUGCAGGGCUUAGGCUCUGGAGUGCUGGUGCCCAGUGUGCUGAGAACUACCUACUGAAGGACAUGGCUCUAUUUCCUGGCUUCUUUAAUAAAAAUGUGUUGCACAUUCA